CCCCCGUCCCCCAGUCUCCUUUCACAGCGUCUCUGUUGCUCACCACAGGCCCUAACUAUCCGGAUCACAGCUUCAGUCUCACUAAACACAGCGCGAGCUGGCAGCCCAUUUUAUUAAGGGCAGCCUCACCGCUCCCCGCCGCUAGAGUAUAGGAAAAUGGCGGCCACCACGCCAGCUUCAGCCCCUGCACAGUAACAGGACAGGGCGGCCAUUUUGAGUAAGGGACAAUCCCCCGCGCUGUCAGCAUCCCGCGGCUCUCCCGGCUUCGAGUGGCGGUAAUAUCGCCCACGGGCACAAUGCUGAACCCGCGGAACCCGCCAGUCUCCUCGGCCCGCUGCCCCUCGGCGGCCGGUGGAAGGAGCUUGGGGCCCCACAGCCGCCUGUGGUAUCCUGUCUGCGCCGCCUACCGCCUUCCUCCGCCCGGGGCUGGGAUCGAUCGCUCAGCCGAUCGGCUGCUUUCCCUUCGAGGCCUGCCUGUUGCUAGGCAGAGCCCGACGCAGUUGAUUUGGUUACUUCGGCCCCGCCUCUCGGCCGGGGGUCGGGGAACAGCCGCAGGAAGCUGAGGGGGCCCCGGUGCAGCCCGUUGCCGCUCCGCCAUGGAGCCCGAGAAGAAAAGAACCAAAGAAGAUACUUGGAAAUCAGAUGAACUUAAGAAACAUCUUAGGGUAUCACAGUCAGAUAGUCAAUCUGAAGAUAAGAAACAGAAGGAAAAGAAACUGCAAAGAGAUAGAAAGACUCAUGACAUGGUUGAUUACAAAGGAUACAUACACAAGGAUCAAGACAAGGACAGAGGAAAGGCAGAAGAAAGGACAAGUGAAAGAGAGAGAUUUAAAUCUAGUGAAAGAGACAGGGAUAAGCUAAGAGACAGAGAAAGUGGAAAAGAUCAUCACAGAGAACGAGAGAGAGAGAAAUUGAAGGAGAAGGACCAAGAAAUUGAAGGAGAAGGACCAGAGAAGGAAAAACACAUUACAAGAAAAGAUAAAGAGAAGGUGAGUGAUAAAGAAGGAGACAGAAAAUAUAGGAGGGAUGAUCUGAAGCAAAUGCUUAUAGAGAAUAACCUGAAAGCAUCUGGAGGAAGGGAUAAAGAACAACGCAGAAGAAGAGAAAGCAAGGAUCAAUUGGAGCAAGCAAACAUAAGGGAUGACGUGAAAGAGAGAAGACAUACAGAAAGAAAAGUAAAGGAAGGAAAAAAAAGUGAGAGCAAAAAUAGUCUUGGCGAGUUUUUAACAAAGAAAGAUGAAGAAGGUGGACAUAGACACAAGUCACACAGAGAUCAGGAACUGAAUAAAGACAGAGGAAGGAGUCAUAUUGAUAAAAGAGAACAUUCAGUUAGGGGAGGAAAGGAGAGACCUUCAAAAGAAAGAAGCCAUGGAUUGUUUGUAAAGGAUGGAGAAGAAAAAUAUGUAUCAAGGAGACGUAAAGAAGGAUCCUCCAUUGAAGACAGAGAAAGACAACUGAGCAAGAAUAAUGAAAAAAGACAGAGGGAGGAAAAUGAAAGAAAGAAAAGAGAUCUUAAGAACAGUGAGCACAAAAAACAAGGAAAGAGCUUAAGAGAAGAAGAAGAAACCAGCCUUCAGCAUGAAAGGAAUGCAAGAGAUAAAGGAAAGAGCAUUGAAAGGGAGAAAAAAGAGGACACAAGCCAAAGGCCACACCAAGGUGAACAUGUGUCAGCAUGGAAACCUAUGCAGAGGCAAAAACGUGAGGAAGAACCUGAAAUUGGUGAUAAUUAUUUGACAAAUUAUGAAGAUGAUUUUGAAGAUUAUGAAGAUGAUUUUGAUGACGAUGAUAAUGAAGACAAUGAUAAUGAGGCUAGAGACUCAGAAGAAAGACUAAGAGAGAUCCCUGUUUCCAAAAAAUCAGAAAUAGAAGAAAUUCAAAGAGCAAUUAAUGCAGAAAAUGAGAGGAUUGGUACCUUACUACCAAAGCAAAUUAAAAAAAAAAGUGAAAAGGAACCAAACAUGGAGAGGCAAGAUUCUUCUGCCAGAGGCUCUCUCUGUGGAAUGUUCAUGGAUUUUGAAACAGCAAACCAGCGGCAAAGUAGCCAAAUUAUGGCCACUAAACAGAAGAAACGCAGUUCAGAACUGCUCCGGCUAAUUGACCUGGACUUCUCAGUAAGUUUUUCUUUACUGGAUUUGCCUCCAGUGAAUGAAUAUGACAUGUACAUCAGGAACUUUGGAAAAACAAACACUAAACAGGCGUAUGUUCAGAGCAAUGAGGAUAAUCUUGAGAGAGACGUUCAGACGGAUGAAAUAGAGACUCUAGAAAAAUGGACACAACAUCCAGGAGACAGUGUACUUGUAUCUGGAGGUCCCAGAAGCAGCAAUGGUGUGUCUACUGAUAUUGUUGUAACACCUAAAAUUGAUUCACAGAGAUUAACAAACUUCCUCCGGUCUGCUUGUCAGGUGAUUGCUGUUUUGCUUGAGGAAGAUCGAGUUGCAACACAGCCCAGGUGGAAUCUAAGAUCUCGACAAACCAGUCUGUCUAUUAGUGAUAGCUGCUUCCAGUUAAAUACUAAUCUACCUUUUCUCCAUGGCCGAAAGGUGUCCUGUUUGCACAUCUCUCAGGUUCAGAGGCAGGCAUUGCUUUCUGUUCACGGUUUACCUGAAAAGCCAGGUGCUAUUCAAUUGGACAGGAAGUACAUCGUGUGUGUAUGGAAUGUCUGGCAGCCCUCCAGUCCUCAGAAAGUUUUAGUUUGUGAAGCAGAGGUGUCAUGCUGCUGCUUUAGUCCCAGUAAAGCAACUUUAGUAUUUGCUGGAACAAUGGAUGGUUCAUUGGUAGUGUGGGAUCUCCGAGAAGACUCAAGGAUGCAUCACUGUGUGAAGUUAAAUGGAACUGACUGGAUUUUUAGAUCUCCAACGUUUUCUACUGAUGGUAUUCUCUCCUCAUUAAACCACACAUAUCCUGUACUGGCAAUAGAACCUGUCUCAACAUCUGUCUAUAAGGAACAGAAUUAUGGGCUCUCACACCUAUCUUCUCAAGAAGAAAUGUCAGGCCUGUCAUUCCAGAUUGCUUCAAUGGAUGAAAACGGGACUCUCAAUCUGUGGGUAGCAGUUGAAUUACAAAAAGUGGAUUUGGCUGGUUCACAAAGUGAUUUAGGUUUAAUUCCUGGAGGGAAAGUAAAGUUAGUACAUAGCUCUACUGUUCAGUUGAAUAGCAGCCUUUUCCCAAAAGAUAUCCUAUGCCUGAGGAAGCCUCAGACACUGAAUAUUAAGUUUCUGCCUUCUAAUCCUAAUCAUUUCAUUGUUGGAACAGACAUUGGUGUGGUAAGUCAUGGUGCAAGACAUGAUUUAAGAGUACCUCCAAAGCUGUUCAAACCCCAGCAGGGUGGACCAAGAUCAAUAAGAGCUAAUGCAGUUGAUUUCUCCCCUUUUGGAAAGCCAAUAUUUUUGGUUGGCUGUUCAGAUGGAAGUAUUAGAUUGCACCAAAUGACUUCAGAGCAUCCCCUCAUACAGUGGAAUGACAGCACAAAUGGCCAGCCAGUUAUUGCCCUCCAGUGGGCUCUCACAAGACCUGCUGUGUUUUUCGCCCUGGAUGCAUCAUCUACUGUUUACAUUUGGGAUCUACUGGAAAACGACUUGUGUCCUGUAGCCAAACAAAUUAUCCAAUCAGAUAAGGUUAUGACUAUGGUUGUAUUGGGUGAACCGGAAAAAACAAAUGGUCUGUUGGGGAUCGCAUUGGCCAAACAAUCUGGAAUAAUAGACAUUCAGUAUGUAAAGAAGAGGUGGGCAUUACCUCAGUCAGAAGAGUCAGAAAAACUACAGUUGCUCUUGGAACAAUCCUUAUAAAGCAGAGAAAUUGUCUUUUUCUGCAUGUACAAAUACGGCUGGCUAUAUUUAGAAUUUUUCAUUUGAUUACUAUAAUAAAAAGAUUUAUAAUUUAAGAGCUUUUGCCUUUGUAUAUAUAUAUUGUAUAUAUUUUACAAGAAUGUCAAUACAGUAUUUCAACAGAAGAUAGAAUAUUUUUGUUAAUUAUAAAAAUGACAGAACAAAGCUUGGUAAUAUUGUACCUGAAGGAAGAUAGAUCAUAGAUGUAAAUGUAUUUUACUGAAAAAUAUCUAUAAAUGUUCACAAUUCCAGAUUGUGAAUAUAUAUAGAUACUUUUCAGUAAAAAAGUGAAAUUAUAUUCCUAUAAAAUGUGAGAUGCUGCUUCUCAAUAUUGCACUUUGAAGCAAAUGAUACCCUAUGUGUAAAGUUAAAUGUAUGCUUUUCUGUAACAUAAAAGGCUGUUGCCAUGUUCAGGUUACUUUUGGAACUUUCUCAGCCUCUCCACAGCUGUCAUUUUUGCAUAGGCUAGACCAUACCCCGACGUGGAAAUACUUGUGUAAAGACCAGAAAACUACACAGGGUUACCUUUGUUGAGUGUCGUCUGCAUUCUCUCAUUCUGGGUGGAGUUUGUCCUUAGCAGAAGAAAUGAGGCAUUCUUCCCUCAAACCCUGUGGCACCCCAAUAUCUACUGUGUUUGCAAGACUAUCUACAAGGAGGCCCUAUGGCUCUGCACUGAUUCUGGGCAUCCGUCAUCUCUGUUCAUACUCCCUGCCAGCAUGAGUUUGUCAGGGACUCCUCAAGUGGCACGGAACCUUUGGGUCCCUUGUUAUUGAUGUUCCCAGCAUGCAUAGGGCUCUGCAAAGAACUAAUUGAGCCCCAGGUUGUAUUAACUUGCCUAUGGAAUAUCUGCUGGGACAUAUGGCCCUCCCCCAACCCUUCCCCUCUCAUUCUCACAUCCUCCUUAUUGGUAGAUCCUUACAUCUGCUUUGAGCCCUCCAAGAAAUCCAGAAUGGGGAGACUGCAACCAUGGAGACGUGGGGGUUAGACUAGAUGACCCUUGUGGGCCCAUCUAGUCUUUUGAUUCUAUGUCCAUUUGCACCAAUUUAGAAUCCUUUACACAUCAGUAAAUAGGCAUAAGUAGGUCUAAGGAUGUCUGAGUGUAAAAUAAUCUGAUUUAAACUAUCUCAUCCAUCUCUUCUGACUUUGGCCCUAAGAAUUUGCAAAAAUAAUUGCUAGUCAUUAAAUAGAUCCCUUAGUUAAGAGCCUCACAUGCAUACGUUUAGGACGUGCUGACCUUAUGUUUUCUGGUUUUUCCAAACUUUGCAAAUAAUCUGCUUAUUCCAUUUACCAAAAAUCCAAAUGUUCUUUGGACUAAUGGAAUAUUUAAGGUUUUUCAUCAUAAACUAAAUGAUAUUUACCUGUUUAUUGCUACAUUUAAAUAAUUCUAAAAUAAUUAUCAAAUUCUCUAUAUUGAGAAUUGUCUUUAAUAAUUGUUUUUAUUGCGCUAUUCUAAUUUUGGGUUGGAGUUGUUGAACCUUUGGGGUGAGACUCGCUGUGGAAACCUUGAACACAGAAGUAAUAUAUUUAGAAAAGUUAUAAGCUACUAAAAAAAUGAGGUUCGGAUGGAAAUUGUACCUCACUGUUGCUCAAGAGCCGAUUGUCCCUCCUUUCAAAAUAAUAGUAACACCUGGUCCUUAUAUAAUGUUUUUCAUCAGUAGAUCCCAAAGCACUUAACAAUAUUUAAUGUAUUAUCCUCACAACUGUGAA